AUGUCAGAUUCUUUUCCUUCAGGCCUCCUGGUCCGAAAAAGGUCCGCGCGUGCAUGUCUGAACUGUCGUCAACGCAAGAGGAAAUGCGACGGAAAGCAUCCGUGCAACACCUGCGUAGGGUACGGCUAUGAUUGCAACUAUGAUGCAGCUCAAGCGGCAUCCUCGAAUAAAAAGCGCCAAUUCGAAGGUGAACCAGCUGCCACACAGGCAGCGAAAGCUGCCCGCAUAUCAUCCGAGCCCCUGGGAGUCAGACAGAACGCCUCCUCAGCCCCCUCGGGAAUACUUGACUCCGCCAAGUCAAGAUACGUCGGAAGAUACUCCUGUGUUGCCUUCCCACUAUGUGUAGGUCUGGAUUUACAGGCAGCGAAGCCUCCGCGGUUACAUUCUUUUGCCUAUCAUCUUGGAACUAGGAAAGAGCCUGAUUCUACGGUCCGUCUUCAGCUGACACAACGGGUAUCGUGGAACACCAUCAGAAGCCAACUGGAUUUCUUUUUCACCACAAUACAUCCAGUGUUCAGAUUUUUGGACAAAAGUCUACUCUAUGAGCGUUGCGAAAAUCAUUGGCAUGGCCAGCCGCAGUCUCCUGAUUUUGAGGCCAUCGUCAGUGGAGUGGCUGCAUUGACUUCCUUGUUCAGUGGGUCGCUUGACGGAGACAAGGAAAUGUGGCUAGCAUUACAUGCCAAGGAGAUAUUAGAGGAUCCAUUUGUCAGUCGAUUCCCAUCAAUUGACCAAGUUGCAGCCUGGAUUCUCCGAACAUUAUACCUCCGUGCUACGACACGGCCACAUGUGGCUUGGAUUUGUAGCUGCACGCUGAUGCACCUUGUUGAGGCAACGGGCCUGCACCAGGCUCCACAGUCUCUUAUCCUGGCUACCCGGAAGGGAUUAGAGGAUUCUUCAUCAGAAUUGUCUGAUGUCGUCCAAAGAACGGCAUGGGUAGCUCAUUGCUUGCAUGUUAUCAUAGCGUAUGAGUAUGGCAGAUCUGUGAUGAACCUCGAAAUUCCAGCUCAAAAGUCUUUGCCAGUUGCCACUGACGUGGACGACUUCACUCCUCAGCUGUGCAGCCUUGUUAACGCAGUCCCUCUUUCUACGAAUGCUCCCGAUACAAGCGUGGCGAUACAUGAGCUUUCGUCUUCUUUGGGGCAUUUGGCAGAAAUAUCUGUCGGGCAUGACUUCUUAAUACUGGUCCGAGCGGAUUUGGGUUUCUCUGUCUAUCGGCGGCUUCGCUUACUCAAGUCGAACUUGAAAGAGAGCCUCCUAAAUGAGGUGAUCACGAUGGGCAUGUCUGCCCUUCCUGCAGCACGUACUUUGGUAAGCCAGAUUCGGCCUUGGUGGAAUGUUAUCAGUACUGUGUUCCAAUUUGUGUGUGUCCUCUUGGUUAUCGACACUCAGGCCACCGUCAAGCAUCUUCCUGAAGCCAUGGACACGCUGGAGAUGAUUGUGGAUGUGCUGGAUACACAUCUCGCAAAGGAGGCCAUCACCACUGCACGGAACCUGGUUCGAGCUUCGCUGGAAAAAAGGCGCAAAGGCAUAGAAACGCUUGAAAGAGUUCUUGGUCCCUCAAGUCCAGCUCCUGCUGGUAACGACAAUCGACCGGAAGAAGAGCUGGAACUUGCCAGUCCUUAUUCUUAUCCUCAGCAAUCUUCUGAUUUCGACUUCUUAUUAAACAUGGACUUCUUUAACUGA